AGGCUCUUUUGCCACGGGCCGCCCCCGCACCGUCUGUGCAGCGCGGCCGCAUGGCGGCCCUGAGUGCUGGGCCGUGCCCCGCCGCGUGGCUCUCCCGCUGCCCCGCCCGCCGCCGCCCGCAGGGCGACGUGGCGCCGGGCCCGCAGCGGCCCGCAGCCGCGACGAGGCCCACGGGCACCGCGGCGACUCCCGCGGGCGGCGCCGGGGAGGAGCGGCUCUGCCGCUACUGCUUCGAGGGGGGGGAGGCGGGCGAGCUCAUUUCGCCCUGCCGGUGCACGGGGGGCCAGAAGUGGGUCCACCUCGAUUGCCUGCGCCGCUGGCAGCGCACCGUUCUGGUCUCGCAGCCAUCGCACCCUGACCUCUACGAGAGCGACACGAGGCAGCGCGUGUGCGGCGUGUGCAAGGCGGAGUUCGCCCUCCCGCCACCGUCGAGGCAGGAGCUCCUCGCGUCGUUCACGGGCCCCGAGCUCGCGGCCCUGAUCGAGGAGGGGUGCGUCAUUGGCUCCUCGGAGGAGUUCAGCCGCGAGUUGGAGAGCCAGAUGUCGGCUUUCCCCGAGGUGGUCCAGGAGACCGCCGCCUGCAGGAACUGGAUCCGGGGCGUCUUCUUAAUCGUGAAGGUCGUUGAGGAUCGUGAGAGGAGCGCGGUGCAUCUCGCCAUCAACGAGCACGAGGACCUCGCGCGACUCCUCCUGCGGCUGGAGGCGGACUCGCAGACGCUGCACGUCCGCGGGCGCAAGUUCCGGCUGAUGCCCCAGGGCCCCCUGCAGGAGCUGUCGGAGGACUCGCCCCCGCACCGCUGGCGCGCGGCCAUCUCCGCCCUGCGGGCGCCCACCGCCCUGCGACUGCGCCCAGAGCCUGCGGCGGACUGCGGCGAGGACGGCAUCGUGGCCGUCAACCUGACGCGGCCGGUGGACCUCUCGCGGCCGGCGCGGCGCCGAGUGUUCGAGGCGGCGGCCCGGCGGGCGGGCUUCGGGCGGCCGGGGGGCGCGGAGCCGGGCGCCCCGCCCGCGCAGGUGACGCACCUCCUCGGCGGCCCCUGCGAGGACGAGGAGGUCUCCGCCUGCGUCCUGCUCUCCGGAGGGGGCCAGACCGUGGUGCGGGAGCCGGGCGCCCUGUGCGCCGGGCUGGCCAUGGCCGAGCGCGCCGCGGCGGCGGAGGGCGCGGCCGGCCCGCCGCCGCAGAAGCGGAGGCGCUCGCAGCAGCUGCCGUGGGGCUGCUGGCGGCGGCGCCCGCGCGGCGCCGCGGCGGCGGCGGAAGGCGCCGCGGCGCGGCGGGCGGCGGGUGAGCCCGUGCGUCUGCUGGUGUUCUGGGGCUACGCUGGGUGGAGCAGGUGCCAGCUGAUGGGCGAGAUCGCCCGCGGGUCGUGGGGCCUGUGCAGGGCGCCGGACGGCCUCGCCGCGGCGGAGCACUCGGAGGUCUGGGGGGCCGUGUACCGCCGCCUGCUGUUCGCCCCGAGGUCGGAGCUGUCCGAUAGCUACGGCGACCGCACGCCCGAGGAGGCCGCGCAGAGGCGGGAGCUGCGGCGGAUGGCCAUCCUGCAGGAGCUGAUCCGCAGGCGCCCCAGCGAGCUGCGCCGCCUGCGGUCGGCGCGGCGGGCGCCCGGCAGCGGCGGCGAGGAGAGCGGGGCCGCGGCGACCGCAUCGGAGGGGGAGCGCGGCGAGGAGGCUGGCGAGACGGAGGAGUCCACGGACAGCAGCGAGGAGGAGUAGAUCGGGGAGCCGCUCCCGACGGGUCCGCGAGCACCGGGGUGGAGCGGCGGCGGGGGUCGUGCUGGUGGCAGUCGGGGGGGGAAGCUGGCGAGAGCUGAACUGGACUAUCAGUGGCGGAGCAAGCAAGGCGCCGAGUGAGAGUGAUGGUCGGCCCUUCUCUUCUCCCUCCGCUCUCCUGACUAUUCUCCCCUUCCUCUUUAUUGAAUAGGAUGGUCUGCCGCCGUCUAGUUUCAGCGCUGGCGCGUACCUGUAUAACGUACGGGGAAGUUUAACAUGGCAAUCAACAUCUGAUUGCCGCCAUGCUGUCGUCUUACGUACAGCUUCCACCCCCCGCAAUUAUAGUUAAUACCGGAGCUGGGAUCGAUCCCAGCUCGCGAUCCACGAAACGUACGCAUAGUGCGGUGUGGACGCAAAUUCGCACUUACAUUCGCAUCCGCAUGAGUACCACCCUCCAUCCUUGAAUUGCCUAAGUUAAGCAUUACAUUCAACAGAUUUUAGCUGCCGUGUUUUCUUUCGCACAGCUUCCAACCAUUGCAAUUCUAGUUCCUCUUCC